UUUUUUUGUAAUUUCUUUCUUAGAAAAUAAAAAUAUCUUCUAAUGUCACAAACCCCCACCUCUCUAAACGAACAGAGAGCGAAAGAAGGAUUUUUGAUAGUGAGAGAGACAAUGGAGAAAGAGGAAUUACGCAGAAGAAAGAAUGAGCGAUGCGAGAGAAUCAAAAUUGAGCACUGCAUGUACCUACUGCACAGCAGAAUGGAUUGCGGUUUCUUUGAUUUCAGGUAUCAUUCUUGAUUUUCUAUUUUUAGUUGAGUUGUGUGUUUUUUUCUUCUCACAUUUUGUAUAUGUUAGCAUGAAUGGCCAUGAAAUUUAUGAAAAUUCUGCUUCUAUUUGUUCUUAAUUUUUUGGCUAUUUAUGUUAUAAGAAUUUGUUGUUUGUAUUAGUUAAUUGAAGUGUUUAUGGUUGUAGUUUUGUAUAAUAGAAGAUGGUUACUUACUUGUUGGUUUUGAAAUCUAGGGUUGUUGUGAGUUAUUAGUGUUCUUCAGAGUUACUGCCUUGUGCUUUCUAUCCUACACAUUUUCUUUGAGGGUGUUUGGUUACUCAUUAAUAUUCACUGAGGUUGGGGUUGUCGAUUUUUAGGAGGAUUUGAUGAGGAAGUAAAUCAUGUUUGCAUUAUUUAGGUAAGUUAACUUAACCACUUUAUAAAUUGCUUAUUCAAAAAUAUAUAAAAUUCUUAAAGAAUGAACCAAUUCUAAAUAUAUUUUCUAAGAGGAGAGAUUGUUAUACGGAUCAUCGCAUUGAAUUUUUUUUUUGUUAAAAUUUGGGUUUGGAUUUUGUCCGAGAGAAAAGACAGAGUUCAAAGAAGCAUUUUUUAGAUUGACGAUUUGACGGAGGGUAUGGCAGAGAAGAUGUGAGGCAGAGAGAGGGGAGGAAGAGAGUGGCUACAGAUUGGUGAUGGUUAAGGCGGUGAGGAUAAAGAUGACUUGAGAGGUCCAUGGCUUGACUGAGAAUUUUCAACACAUGGCGAAGCACAAAUCAGUGGAGACCAAGGCGGCCAGCCAUUUAUGAAAGGGGCGAAGCAAAGUUAACAAAACUUUGAUCUGACGAUGAUUAAUAGAUGACAAUAUUACCCUGUUGGCAAGUAAAAAAAAUAUUCAAAAAUUAAGAUUCAACGAUAUUUACAAGAUUGUGCAUCGAUACACCGUGUACAUUGUAUGCUAGAGAUCAAAGAAAUAGAUAAAUAAAAAGAUUGACCCAAAAAAUCUCAAUCCACGGUAUUUUUUUCCGAAAAAGUACAUAAAAAAAUAGAUAAAACAAAUUUCCAUAAUAUUUUAUGUGACGGUUACCUCGUCCUUCUAGAAGAGUUCUACUCUUAAGACACCACAAAUCUAAAUCUUUUGCUAUUUCUAUGCUUUUGCUUUCUCUCGCUUUCUAGGGUUUCUGCUGUCAUUUCAGAUUCAUACUCUCUUGCUGAAAGGUAAUUCCUUUUCCAUGCCUAUGAGUAUGUGUGUUCACAGUUUUUGCACGCAACAUCGCGGCUUUAUAUUUUCUUAGUACAAGCAUGGAAUUCCUUCUUCCUUCAAUGUCUCUUUUCCAUAUAUUCUGAUAUUUAUGUAGCAUGAUUUGGUCAUCAGUGCAAAAUUUCUAUUUAAUUUUUAUUGCUCGAUGUGAUUGUCCUUGCGAUAUCAAGGUGUGCGGCUUCAUCGGCCAUAUUUGGGUGCCAUCUUCUGUUAUAUCACCAUUAAUGGCCAGGAUUUAUACCCUUGAUGCGCGCGCGUGUAAACUAUUAUCAAUUUCAUUUUUCUUGCAUUGGCUUGCCGAAUUUUCAAAUGGCAUGAUGUUUCAUAAGUUGUAUAUUGUUCAUCCGAAGCGCUAUCUGUUAAUCAUGUUUUGAUGGUUGGCAAAUUUUCAACGUUUUAUUUAUCAUAUAUUUUUCAGUGCUUUAAUCAUAAGACGGUCUGAUUUUUAUAAGAAAUUGAUUUCAACUCAUUAAUGCGCAAUUUUCCUUGCAUUACCAAACAAUUAAUCUAUAUUUGGUGAAGAACUAGUUUUUUUAAAAAUGUUUCUUCAUGGUGACCAUACUUGUGAAGAUUUCCAGUUUAUGUUUUGAUAUCACUAUUGCUGGCAUUGAGCUUUAGCUGUUCUGCCGUUAUUGAAUGACCACUUUUGCUUGCAAUCAGGAUCUUAUACUUGAGAAAAUGUCUAAAGUGAAAACCAAUUUGGAUUUAAUCCAAUGGCUCGGAUAUGACAUGUCAAUUAAAGUUUUCUCCUAUUUGGAUAAUCCUGGUGAUCUUGUUCGUGCAUCUGCUGUUUCUAGUUCUUGGAAUGAUUUUGUUAUUGAAAAUGGUCUCUGCAAGCAACUUUGCUUGAAAAUGAUUCCUGAAAUAUCUGCUGUUGUUCGAAGCAUUGAGGUCGACAACAUGAUUGAAUCUGAUGGUGACAAGCUGGGGUAUUAUUAUACAACAAAACAGGAGCGUCUUAAUAGAAAUCAUAGAGUCUAUGCACUCCUAGCUUUUGGUCUCAUUCCUAUCGAUGACAGCUGCAUCUCACAAGCCAUAUGUGCAUCCAGCACGAAUGAUCACAUAAGAGAAAGCCUUACAAAUACAUUGGAUCCUAGGGAUAGUACUGAACAUGGCCCAUCAUAUUGGUCAAGUAUUGGGCAAAGGGAUCCUUCUGUUACCGAGACUUUGCUUUAUCGCCUCUUUUCCAAGAUAUGUCUUGUCACAGAGAUUAAUGUCCAACCAUUCCAAGAUUAUAUUAAUGAUGGCUUUCCUAUAUAUUCAGCUAAAGCUAUCCGAUUUAGGUUGGGCCGGGAAAGAGACCCCAUGGAAAUAGAUUCAAAGUUUGUUGUUUUACAUGAUGAAAUGACUUUUAGUAGACAUAUGAUAUGGACUUAUACUUCGCCAGUAUUUUCAAUGUCUCAGGAAAACAAGUUGCAACAUUUCAAGCUACCUGAACCUGUUCUGUGCAGUGGAGGUUUUCUGCUUGUGGAGCUGUUGGGAAGUGUUCAAAAAAAUGAAGAUGUUAAUUUAUUCUACAUAUGCAUCUCCCAUGUUAAAGUCGGUGGACGAAUACUUUUUCCAGAAUUCGUCACGAGAUGAGGAGGAUUCGACAGAUGGAAGCUGUAGCUUGAAAUAUUUCCCUCAUGAACACCCUAGUUGGUGUGGGUGCGGGUAUGUAAACAACUCAGAAGUGGAUGAUUAAAUUAGAGUGUAAGAAAUAUAUGGCUGAACUAAAUUGUUUUUACAGUGGCAUUUUCAAUGAUUACUAUUUUUAGCACAUUGUGUUAAAUGACAUUAGUGAUUUGGAUUUAUUAUAGCAUCGAUAAGAUUCUGAAUUUAUUUAA